AGCUUAAUCUAAGGAAACUUUUAUGAAAUCAAUCUGAAACUGUCGAUAUAAAUAUAUCCAUGGAUCCCUCAAACUUGAUCCAAACACUUGUCUCAUCACAGAUACACAUUCAUAACAAUUAUUGCAAAUUCCAAUCUUUUACGUUUCUUGCUAUAAUGUUCGCUGCUGAGUACUAUAAUCCAUUUCAACAAAUUCCAUUCGCAAAGAAUGACGUGCCGGUAUCACCAAUAUCACCAUCCACAUCUCCAGUAACCCACAUUCACUCAUUGCCCGCUGAAGAUUACUUUACCAUCAAGCCAAGAUUGUCGAUCGAUAUUCACUCUGACAAGUCUGACGACAGUGAGGAAUCUGAAGAUGAAUCUCCAGAACAAGUGUUUGACGAUUACUUGCGUACACCACGUACCGACUUUUCCCCAUUGACUCCAUAUGAUACCUUCCCUUCGCCUACUUUAGAAAGCUACUUUCCAUCCAAGUCCAUGGUUGACUUGGUGAUUCCAAACUUCACCCCAUACAAGUUUCUCAUUGUCGAUGACAAUAUCAUCAACUUGAAGAUUUUGAAUCGUAUCCUUAAAAAGAUUUAUCCUCGUGCUGAAGUAACACAAGUCCAAGAUUCCACCAAGGUUAAGCCAAUGCUUGAAACUGCUACAUUUGAUGUUGUGUUUCUUGAUAUAGAGAUGCCCAAGGUCAAUGGGAUUGAAUUGGCCCAACACAUGAGAUAUAAUAGCAAAUUUGACAAGUGGGGUGUCAUUGCUGUAACUACAUUGACCUCAGCUAGAGACUUGAGGAUAUUCAAGCUGUGUGGCAUCGACUAUACUUUUGACAAGCCAAUGAAGGUUGGUUUAAAUGAAAUUGGUCGCAUCAUUGAUGAAAUCAUUGAUCAAAGAAAGUUUCAUCGUUUUACUUAGAUAUUGUACAUAGAGUUGUCUUUUUGGGUUUUAAGGUUUAUAGUGUAAUACUACAAUUAAUACAGUUUAA